GCCGCCCGAGAGAAUCGAACGCUAGCUGACAUCAGUAGUAGACGAAGAAGCAAACUGGCUUCCCAGUGGGAAGAGAGUGGUUUGUUGACAAGAACAUUCGAACUGGAGACAAUGAUGCAGAGAUUUUCUCCUCUGACUCAAGGCAUACCUCCGAUAUGCAGUGAGGAGCUCAGUGAAAAUUCAGAAGUAGAGUCUGGCCGAAGCAGUUACAGGAAGCUGAAGAAAACGGCAAAGCGUAGAGCACGGGGUGCAGGCCAGCACAGUCGCGGGAGGAGAAGGAGAGAGCCGCUGUCAGAGGAGGAAGAUGAGCAGAGAGCUGUGAGUUUGGGCAGCGAGGGAGAAGAGGAACCUGUGCCUCGACGCCGGGCUAGUCCCCGAGGCUCUAGAGCUGGGUGUAGAAGAAGUAAUAGAAGGCAGCCACAGGUGCCUAAGGGGAGCUCUCGUUAUCAGGUGGCGAAGCAGGCCAGCAAAGAGAGUGACCAAUCAGACGACCAGGAUGGUGGAGACGGACGUGAUGGAGAGGAGCUCGCCCAAUCGGAGAAUGACGAUGUAGACAGAAAUGAGGAACCAGUGAAAAAGGGGAGGGGUAGAAGAAAGACCAGCAGCAGAAAGGCACCAAAACAGAGGAAGAAACAAACCAGAGAGGAAGAGAGUGAUGGAGAGAAUGAUGGAGAGGAGGAAGACAAGAAACAGGACAGUGAUGGAGAGGAGAGCGACAGGGAGGAUGAGUAUGAAUCAAACCAAACGGCAUCAACAAAACGUCAGAAAUCACAGAAAGGACGCUUGAAAAAGCCAAGUAAGAAGAAGCAGACCAGUGAAUUGGAGCAGGAUGCUGCCACAAGGCGUACGCGUGGCUGGAGAAAACGAGUCCUGGACGACAAAGAAGAGUCCGAGGGUGGGGAGGAGAGCGAACCCGAAAAGGACAAAUCAGUGAAACGGAGGCGAAGGAACAAAAUGCGCACAGAAAACGAGGAGAAUUGUGAAGAACAGAGUAGCGAAUCGGAGGCGCCAUCAAAACGAAAGAAAAGACGUUCCAGCAAGGCAAACGGUAAAUCGAGAAAAGAAAAGGACCCGAAUGCACCCAAGAAACCGAGGAAGCCACGUGAGGGGACGGGGCCUUUAACCUGCGAGACCUGCGGCCUGCUGGUGAAGUGCCGAGCGGCUAUGAACAGACACAAGCUCACCCACACGGGCGAGAAGCCAUUUAAGUGCGAGGAGUGCGGCAAGCGCUUUGUCAACUCCACCAACCUGCGCAUCCACCAGAUGGAGCACACGGGCAAGAAGGACCACAUGUGCAACGAGUGCGGCCAACAGUUCACGCACCUGGCCUACCUGAAGCGCCACCUGCUGCGUCACGCCGGCAAGAAGCCGCACACCUGCGCCGAGUGCGGCAAGGGCUUCGUGCAGAAGUACCACCUGACUCGGCACAUGCUGAUCCACAGCGGCGCCAAGCCGUUCAAGUGCCACGUCUGCGGCUUGUCCUUCAACCGGUCGGAGUACCUGACGGGGCACCUCAGGAAGGAGCACCCCGAGGAGGUUCCGGCGGUGGAGGGGGACUCGGCCAACUCUCUGGAGAAGGACCAGGUCACGUGCGUCAUGUGCUCGAAGACGCUGCGGUCCAAGUCCCUGCUGGUGUUGCACAUGCGCACUCACACUGGAGAGCGGCCCUUUUGCUGUGACCAGUGCGGCCGCCGCUUCGUACAGAAAAGCCAACUCACAGCUCACCUGCGCACGCACACAGGCGAGCGCCCGUGGGAAUGCCCGGUGUGCGAGAAGCGCUUCACGCGCGGGACGCACAUGAACGACCACAUACGGACUGCACACGGGGAGAACACCUGAAUUUGCACACGCCAACAGACAUGCAGGGGGUUCCACUUUUACCUAAACACAAGUGUAUCACGCUUGGGACUGAAUCUUUACAACACACACACAUACACACACACACUUUACAUACAUGUAUUUGGAAUUGUUUUAUGUCAAAAUAAUGCUAACAUUCAGUAACAUGUAAGGCAUUGGUUCUCUCUAUGAAUUUUGUUAAUUGUUUAGGUUAUUUUUUUAUUUUCUGUAAGAAUCUUGAUGCUCCAAUUUAAGAUGAUUCAGAUAACAAAACUGAAGCAGCCUCAGCCUUCAUUAUUGACACAUUUUAGUUGGUGUACUCUUGCCCUCUAACAGUAUGCCGUGUGUGUGUGUGUCUGUGUGUCUGUCUGUCUGUCUGUCUGUCUGUCUGUGUGGUGUGUGUGUGUAUGUCUGUGGGGAUAACUAACACACAUACCCACGUCUGUGUGACUGUGGGCGAUGGGAGAUGGCACUAGGAACUGUAAACAACACCUUCCUACUACUUCCCAUUUGUUUUGUGCAAUGCCAGAAGUUUUAUACUGCCUGCCUACAUUUACUGUGUUAACUAACAUCCAAAUUGAAAGGGUUGAAUUUUAGCUCAUGUCAAACCCAAUCACCAUGAUUUGUUCCACAAACGUUUAUAUGUUGAGAAUGUAGACCAUGGAUUGACAGCUCCUCCAGCUGAAUAACUACUUGGACUUUUCAUAGUAAGUAAUUUUGCUGUCCCUUUAGUCUACACUGUAGGUUCAUUUUACAAUAUUUACAUUUUAAUUUUAUGUUACAUUGCAGUUAGUCACAAAGUUAAACAAAAACUGGUUUGUCAAUUG